AUGGAAAGUCAUUAUAAGCCAAAGGUUACCUCCAAGCUCGAAUAUGACAGAGUUCGUCCUGUAUCACCAUCCAAACUCCAACAACCACAGUUGGGGCCGUCACCGUCGUUACCCAUCGCACGCCCGAAGGCUAAGGUGACGAGUAGUGCUACAGUUAUAAGCCGAAGAACGAAUAGCUCCACGCGCCCGCCAAGUGCUUUGCCCUCUCCACGCGCACCGUCCCCGUUCAAACAAGACCACGCUCCACAUGCAUCGGUAGUAUUUCCAGUGAAGGCGCGACUGACGACAAAUGUUCGGGCGAACGGAAUACGCUCGGCGUCGCCGGGUACAGAUUCGAGGCAGCAUGCAUUGACCACAGUGUCUACCGAGACGCAGCCAAGGCGUAAAGCGCGCAACGGCAGUAUUUCCUCGCAUGUUUCGCACAUCCCAUCACCCGCGAACUCCACUGCGCCCUCCCCAUCGCACUCGCCCACAUCCUCGAGAGUCGGGGUGUCCUCGGAAGAGAACGGCUCCCCGCACGCGGGUGUCACCCUCGGUGUCGUGCGCGUCAAGUCCAAGAUAUCCAGGCUCACCGAGCCCGGCCUGCCCUCGUCGCCCUCGUCGCCACCCCUCGCGCACCGCUCCGCACGCCCCGCCUCCGCCUCGAACAUCUCACUGUCCCCGCCUUUGCCACCCGCGAACGGUUAUUCGGGCACCCCCUCCCAUGCCCAUCAACGCUUCGCGACGACGCGCGAGAGCGCCUCGCAGCGCGUGCACGCCUUCCAGCCGUUUCCGGCGAACGAUGAUCUCGUAGUCAAGUACGGCGGGUACACGGUGCCCACGAAGCUAGACCCCGCAGAGAUUCCGCUACCGCCCCAGUCCCCACCCAUGUCAACGCUCUCGUUCUCUUCGCGCUCGUCCGCUUCACGUUCAUCUGUAUCGUGCGAAACUCAGGCGACAGACACGAGCCGGAAUACGGCGCCGGCGUCUGCGCUCAAGGAACCUACCUGUGGUGCGGUCUCGACGUCCUCCCAGGCAGUGUUUCUCGCCGCGGCAGCAUCUACUCCCUCCCCAAGCGAGGGCGGCUUCGACGAUGACGACGUGGAUGAUCACGUUCCCUCCGCCAACUCGGAGGAUAUAGACCCCGAUCGCAAGAUGAAGGCGGAAGCCAAGUCGAAUCGGAAGAUUGCAGACCUGGAGAUUACGACCCGUUCCCUGCUUGCUAUCAACUUAUCCCUGGAGGCCACGAAGCAUCGUCAAGCGAAGGAGAUUCGCGACCUCAAGCGCAAGCUCCGCGAAUCGCGUCUCAUCCUCCCACCGCCCGCGUAUCACGCGGUCAAGUCCUCACUCACGCAUGAUGACACUGCUGAGGACGACGUGGAGACGGGCACAGACGCUGGCUCGGAGGAUGAGGAUGAGCAAGCGCUACUUGAAGGGCACGACGAUGAGCCGUACCGCCGCGUGAAGGUUAUCCUUGACUCCCUGCUCGACGAGUGUGCGCGCGCACUCGCAUCGACACCCGCGGAUUUUGCCGAGGGUGGACGCAGCGGUGCGAAGGUACUCAGCGCCGACGAGGUACGCUCAUGGCGUGGUGACGACACUGAGACGCGCUCGCUCGCGGACAGGAGCGCGUUGGGUGAGCCUUCGUUACCAUCGCGCAUUGCGGUCCCCGACAGCGACGACGACAUGGGCAGCGAGAGCGAAGUUGAGGCGUCGCUGCUCGAGUCCGACAGCAGAGCCACCUCGCCACUGCCCCCGAUUACGGUUACUCCCUCACCAUAG